UGAGUCUGAGACCAUGUCUGCGAAAGAGAAGGGGAUCCUGAGCAAAGACAGCGUCAGUCUGCUGCCCUGCUUCUACUUCGUAGAGUUGCCGAUCCUGGUGUCGUCUGUGGUCAGUCUUUACUUCCUGGAGUGGACGGACGUGUUCAAGCCAGUGAAGUCUGGCUUCACCUGCCAUGACCGCAGCCUGAGUCUGCCCUACAUCGACCCCAACCAUGAGGUCAUCCCUCUGCUGAUGCUGCUCAGUCUGGCCUUUGCUGGACCUGCCAUCACGAUCAUGAUCGGUGAAGCCAUCCUGUUCUGCUGUCUGUCUCGGAGUAAGUGCGGAGCAGGAGCAGAGGCCAACAUCAACGCUGCCGGCUGUAACUUUAACUCCUUCAUACGCAGAGCUGUCCGAUUUGUUGGUGUUCAUGCGUUUGGUCUCUGUGCCACGGCACUCAUCACUGACAUCCUCCAACUGAUGACAGGAAACCCAACACCUUACUUCCUCACUGUGUGCAAACCCAACUACACCACACUGAACGUCACCUGUGAUCAGAAUCCGUACGUCUUGGAGGACAUUUGCUCAGGGGCGGAUCCUGCAGCCAUCAACCAGGGCAGAAAAUCCUUCCCAUCACAGCACGCCACGCUCGCCUCCUUUGCUGCUGUGUAUGUUUCGAUGUACUUUAACAGCACUCUGACAGACUCAUCCAAGCUGCUCAAGCCCCUGCUGGUUUUCUCCUUCAUCAUGUGUGCCAUCAUCUGUGGUCUGACCAGAAUCAUCCAGUACAAGAACCACGCCAUCGACGUCUACCUGGGCUUCCUGCUGGGAGGAGCUAUAGCUCUCUACCUGGGCUUGUAUGCAGUUGGAAACUUCCAACCAAGCGAAGAGUCCACCAACAGCCCCCCUCCAACGCUACAGCGACCACCCUGCUCCCUGCCUCAUAUAAGCCAAGAGGCUGUCCUCCACCACCUGCAAAUGAAAGCCAGCAUGGGUGGGGAGCCUGGAUUACCCACCUCCCACUCUGAGGGUCUCCUUCACCGAAGUCUUCAGCAGCAGAGGCCAGAAGACUGCCUGAACCGUCCCAGUGCUGAUGUGGAAGUGAUCUCCCCCCAUGGCCCUCAGAGCAAAGACGCCAUCAUGACCUUUAGCCACACACUUCCUCGUGUUCACACCCCACAGGCCAUCGCAGCUUACGAGGAAGCAGCCAGGCGUCACGCUGCCACCCUCCACCAUGCCUCUAUGGACUCCAGCCGCUCAAAGCAGCUUCUGUCCCAGUGGAAAAGUAAAAACAACAACCACAAAUGCUCCUUGCAGGUGCCAGACUCCUUCUCCUCUUCUGUGGACUCGUCAUCUGGCCAGUCCUCGCAGCAUCCGCUCCACCACGGUAGCAUGGAGCUCCGAUCUAGCUCUGAACCAUCAGCUGUGGGUCUGAAUGGAGGCUUUGAUAGUCACGCAUACAUGUCCAAACUGGCCACAGGUUCCAGUACUACUCUGCCUAGCAACUGUAGUGGCAUCACUGGAGGAGCCAGGAUACCCAUGCAGUCCAGACCUGGCUCUUCACAGCUGGUUCACAUACCAGAGGAAUCUCACGAGAAUUACAACAGCAGCUCCCUGAGGACAGUGGCAGGAAAUGAAGGGAAUAGCAUAGUUCUGGCAAACUGGCAAAGGGCAGCAGAGAAGACAACAGCAUGCAGGACUAACGAUAACGGACAGGACACUCAGCCAAAAAUCCUGCAGGUGAUUGCUAUGUCCAAGCAGCAGGGUCUACUACAGACUCAUUCCAAGAGCUUAGACGAGAGCAGCAUCAGCUGCAGCACCACUGGGCAUCACCAAGGCUCUGCUCGCUUCAGAGUACUAAAUGACCAAGAACCUGCCAGCACCACAGGGCCUAGCUCUCUGGGCAGCACAACAGGCAGUAUUUCAGGGAGCACUGGAGCAAUCGUCAGGGUAGAGGCCCACCCAGAAAACCACAGACCUGUGAUCCAAGCUCCAGCCACAGAUGGAAGUGGCUCAUGGAGAUGGCGGUCCCUGGACCACGGCACCGGAGCUGGUGGAGGUGCAGGGACGAGUGGCGCAGGAGUCGUCGGGAGUUUGAAGCAAUCCUUUGAACUCAAUGAUCUAAACAGAGACUCCGAGAGCUCAGACUCGAUACGUGAAGGGUCAAUUGAAAGGAAGCGUGCCAAUCACAUCAUGACCACCACUGCCACUGUUGGCACCCCACCAAUAGUUACUGUCCACACCCAGAACACUGGCCAGUCAGAGCAGAGUGUCCAACCACAGGGCUUCUCUACGAUCAGGGUCACUCCAGGAGAUGCAAGUGGGUCUGGGUCUGGAGGAGGAGAGAACAUGUCAGAAACCCUCUCACUCGCCUCCAGCCGUGAGUCAACACUGAAGAGAAAAGGCAAUAACAUCAUCCUGAUCCCAGAGAGAGCCAACAGUCCUGACAAUGCCCGCAAUAUUUUCUACAAAGGAACGUCCAUAACUCCUGUUUUCAAGGACUAACAUAAAAACUGAGUGGUGACCCCUGAGCAGAUGUAGCUAAUAAUGCC